CGAAUAAACGUGGGUCCGUGAUUCAUUAAUUGUCAUCCUGGCUUUUGUGAAACCCACACCUCCCGUCUCGUCACUGUCUGCUGGUGUAGUGAUUGCUGGAAGGACAUCAGCCAUCUCAGGUUCAGGUAUGCCUUUCAUGGACGAUGUGUUACUCUGGUGUCCAGAGGCCGAGACAAAAAUUGACGAUUUUACCGAAUGUCUUGGUAACGAAGUUUCCUGUCUCGGCGAACUACUCCAAUCGGAAAUAUCCAGCGAAUUAGACAACGCAUUAGACGGAGGAGGAGUKAGUGUCCAGGAUGGUGGUGAACAUUCUGGCGAUGAUGACAUUUUCAAGCAGCUAUCCGACUCGUCCGCGUUACUUGAACAGUUUUUCGAUUUUGUUAAUUGUGAUAUAAAGGAAGAAAAUAACAAUAAUGUCAUGUCAACGGGUAACAAAAACCAUGCUGCUGUUGCAUUACUUCAAGAGUUGCAACGCACAAAUGCUGGCAAGAAAUUCAACAUUACCACUGCAAAUCCUUUGCUUGCAGAAAAACUUUUGAAUCCUGUGUCUCAGUUAAAUCCAAGUUUAAACCAAAAUUCAGAUAUGUUCAUCAAUCAAAACAAGUACAUCAAGACAGAACCUUCAAUAAAUGAUACAGGUAAUGAAAAAGACGAAAACAUCGACUUCUUGGAUCACCUCCGGAUCGCCGGUAACGGUGGUAUAGGAAACCAGGGAGCAGCCGACCAUCUGCCUCCCAGACAACAGUUGUCAUUCGCCCUGCCGCACGGAUUCCAUCACGCUGGCUCUCUUCCACCUAGCCCGGCGGACUCUGGUGUAUCCGACGUGGACAGCAGCAGCAGCGGACACACGUCUACCGACACAGAGCUCAGGGCUCGGCUCCAACCGCACCAGUAUCACCACCAAGUCUCUUCUUGCGGCCGCCGUACUAGUCCUGAUCCGCAGAGCAAUGCGCAAUGUCACCAACAACAACAGCAGCAACAACAACAACAACAUCAACAACAACAACAACAACAGCAACAGCAACAACAACAACAGCAACAGGACUUGUUCUCCAGGAUAUAUGGAGUGAAUGCUCCGCCACCCGGCGCUUACCAUCAUCCUGGUCCUGCACCCCCGUCACCCAAACAUCCUCUUUUCAUGCGAAACAACCAUCCUUAUGGAGGCGGCGUUGCUGGCUACCACCCGUCGGCUGUCGGCGGCUACGGUCCGGCUGCCAGCCCCACAUCCGCUGGCCACUUCGCCAUGCCACCGUGCCCGCCUUCGGCCGCGCUCCCGGGCACCGGAACCGUGGUCGGUCGCGGUUCCGUCAUUCAGGCGGCCACGGCCAAUUGUUACCAGCCCAACGGCGCCGGGGCGGCUAACCUCAACGAUCUAUACUACAUGGACUUUGGCGCGCCCACCGCGACUGCAGCCAUGUACCACCAGAAGGUGGUCGGAAACAAGAGCGGCAGUAGCAAGAAACCUAAGAAGUAUGGCGCCGUCGGGCGRCCGUCUGCAGCCGGUUCCCCGGGAGCCGUCCAACAGCAGACCUGUCCGGCCACUGGACCUAAGAGGAAAAGCCGAGAAGGUUCCACGACUUACCUUUGGGAAUUUUUGCUGAAACUGUUGCAAAACUCCGACUAUUGCCCAAGAUUCAUCAAAUGGUUGAACCGGGAAAAGGGCGUUUUCAAGUUGGUCGACUCGAAAGCGGUGUCCAAGCUCUGGGGAGAGCACAAGAACAAACCAGACAUGAACUACGAGACGAUGGGACGUGCUCUCAGGUAUUACUACCAGAGGGGAAUUCUAGCCAAAGURGACGGCCAGAGGCUGGUGUACCAGUUUGUCGACGUUCCCAAAGACAUCGUAGAAAUCGAUUGUUCCGGCGCAUAAAGAUGUGCGUAAACCUGAAAACGACCAAAGACCUCGUGAUUAUAAUAUAUAUAUAUAUAUAGUCAUCCUCAUCAUCGCAGUUGCUAUAUAAUAAUUUAUUCUUUUCAUCUCGGAUGCAGAAUCGUCGUCGCCUGUCCGUCGUCAUAUUAUUAUUAUUGUUGUUUUUAUUAUUUUAUUAUUGAUAUGAUUACCAUUUCUGUAUGUAGGUAAGAUUCAACCUGCGUAUGACGUGUAAAACAUAUUGUACAUAAGAUGAAUGUAUGUGUGUACAUGUGUUAUUAUAUAUACUCGUAUAUAUUAUAUUAGUAUAUAGAAUACUGYACUAUCCGAGUUCAAACUCAUCUGCCGUGUAAAUAUCGCGCAAAAACUUGUGUUUCUUUUUUUUCAUAUUAUUAUAUUUUUUUUUCUCGUGAACGCAUGUGCCGCCACCGUCGUCACUGCUACCGUUUGAACAAUUUAUAAUAUUAUAAUAAUGUUUGUAUAAUAAUAUAUUUUGAUGUACUCCCUGCUGGCUGUGUGGCUGAUGUGUAGUUGCAACCGCCAUCUGUGUGCAUAUGUAUAUGUGUGUGUGUGUGUGUAAAGACUGACAAUAAUUAACCGAGAAGAUAUUAUGAUAUUAUAUACUAAAAAAAAAUAUAAUAUAUUUAAUGAUAUUAAGAAAAGUAAAAAAAAAAAUA